GGCUUACCACUGGCGCUGCCACUAUGGGACUGAACAACCUCAAUGAAGCUACGUUCAAGAUCCGUCGGGAUUAUGCAGCCUAACGAGGUUUCAUAGUGUUUUUAAAGGGAAACAGGAUUAGGAGUUUGCGUCUUUAAAACAUUUCUGUUCAAAUAAAACAACGUUUUCUUAGGCGAAAAAUGACAUUUAAAAAGAAACAAUGAUAUACAUUCUAAAACACGUUGUUGGUAGAACACGUUCGUGGGUUUUGUCAUCUUGAACACAACGUAAUACCAUCACAGACAGCCCUACUAGUCGAUUUACUUUUUGGCUUCAUUCAGUAUGCUUUUAGGCAGGCAUUUAGUAGAGUGCCGAUAGAAUGGUAGCUUGCAAACGACCUUUAGCUAAGUUUGUUAACUUUAACUGUGCCUACUUACUCCAUGCAAUUGUGCGUACAGUGACUGUGCCAUACCAUCGAUUGAAAAGCAAUUACGGCGGUUGAGGAUGAUUAGAUUUGCAUCUGAAAGCCGCGUAAUACUUUCUGGGGUCCCAGUAUGGAGAUGUCUUCAGCAGACCGUCAGAGCGCCAAACAUCGAGUUAAACGCUCAGCUGCCCUUUCAGUCCAGGCCCUCCUCGAGGUUAAUGCCUUCCACGAUAACUGCCACCAACAUGUUGCGCAUCAGGCCAGUGAGCUGGCGAGUCACGCGUCUCUGCCACAGGGACCCACGAGGCACCUCGGAUAGAGGCGACCUUAAGGAGGGUUUCAGCUUGAGGGCCCUCGGCCAGGCCCCAAAACCGGCCCUCUACCUCGGUGUUUCGGGGCUCAUCCCUUUCCUGUUUGCACCUCUCUCUAUGGCUGCCACACAGUCCUUCUACCCUGAACUGGCAUGUGCUCAAGUGGUCUAUGGAGCCUGUAUCGUCUCCUUUCUGGGAGGCGCCCGCUGGGGGUUCGCCCUCCCCGCCGGUAGUCCCGCUCAACCUGACUGGAUGAACUUGGGCAACAGUGUGGUGCCUUCCCUUCUGGCCUGGCUGGCACUGCUCUGCAGGGACAAUUUUGCAGAGGGAGCGUUGGUAGUAAUUAUGGGACUGGGUCUCUCUCUGCACUAUGACCUGACCCUGCUGCCGGGAUACCCUUCCUGGUUCAAAGCCAUGCGAACUGUCCUCACUCUGGUGGCCACCUUCUCACUGGUUGCCACCCUUGUAAUUAAAGAAUUCUACCCCGAGAAGAAGAUCAAAGACAUUCAGAACUGAGUGGAGGAAAGUAGUGAGCCAUUGGGACACAAAUAUUGGGAAUACGAAUGUGGAGUUAGAUGCAGAUGUGCAGCAUGGUUGGUUUAUACAGUACGCAACAGCGCAGCAGUAGUUUUAUCUACAAUACUUUUUAAUAUAUUUUGGAAGACAUGUACAGAUGUAGAAUACCAUUUAGAAAGUGAAGAACAGAUGCAAAAUAGGCACAGAAAUGUCCUGCUAGUUUAAAAACAAAGAAACCGUAGAACAGGACAGACUUUGAAACGAAAGAAUCGUCAGAAAACAUUUGUAAAAUCACUUUUUGCCACAACACUAACCCUUACUGAAAUGUCAUUUUUCAUGUGCAAACUAGGAAAAAUAAACAUUGGACUAUUUGCAAA